CGCCGGCGGCCUUCCUCGCAGCGGUCGCCGCUUCUUGACGUGGGUUUUUUGGACAAGAGUACACGGGCUGGGUUACGUGGCAAUGAAGAGCGAAGGACGCGGGCCAGAGUUUAUGUUUCGAAUAUGCACGUGCUGCACACGUGAAUCUUUCUUAGUGAAAUUAUCGGAAAGACUCCAUUGUUAUCAAAUUUCGCGGCCGUUAGAUGGCCAUGGUGGGCUGAAUGAUCGGCCCGACGGGAAAGCGCGGCUCCGAUAGAUCUACUCGUCGCCGGUCGCCGGUGUUCACUCCAUUCUCUACCAAAGGCUUCGGCGUCACAAAGCCCUCCUUCUUCCUUCGAGAUAGGUGAACCAUCGGUGAGCUAACUUCUAGGUUGACGGGAAGAAGACCUCAGCCCUACAAUGCCUGCAAGAUGUCUGGCGAUGAUGUGAUUCUGGAAAACUCUUCAACAUCUUCAAGUGUUUCAUUCUGGAAGGGCACUCUACUAUGUUUUGCACAUCAAGCAUCAGUAUACGGCGUAGCUGCUGGCUAUUGUAUAUCUGCAUCUCUGUUGUCCAUAAUCAAUAAAUGGGCAGUCAUGAAAUUUCCAUAUCCAGGUGCUUUGACAGCUUUACAAUACUUUACUAGUGCAUUUGGUGUUAUGCUCUGCGGUUGGUUAAAGCUCAUGGAACAUGAUCGUUUGGACCUCGUUACCAUGUGGAAGUUCUUACCUGCUGCAAUCAUCUUCUACCUGUCACUUUUUACCAAUAGCGAGCUGCUCCUCCAUGCCAAUGUGGAUACAUUUAUUGUGUUUCGGUCGGUGGUUCCCAUGUUCGUAGCUGUUGGAGAGUCUGCAUUUCUUAAGCAGCCUUGGCCUUCUUCCAAGACAUGGUUUUCUCUUGCAACCAUCUUUGCAGGCAGUGUUGUCUACGUGCUCACCGACUAUCAGUUCACAGUGACUGCUUAUGCUUGGGCCAUGGCUUAUCUCGUGAGCAUGUCCAUAGAUUUUGUGUACAUAAAGCAUGUCGUUAUGACCAUAGGGCUCAACACAUGGGGUCUGGUGCUGUACAACAACUUGGAGGCAUUGAUGCUUUUCCCCUUGGAGUUGCUUAUAAUGGGGGAGCUAAAAAAGAUUACGCAUGAUAUAUCAGAUGAAUACAAGUGGCACUCUUUCAGUGUGAUUUUGCCGGUGGCAUUGUCGUGUUUGUUUGGCUUGGCGAUAUCCUUCUUUGGGUUUUCCUGCAGAAGAGCAAUCUCAGCGACGGGUUUCACGGUGCUCGGUAUCGUGAACAAGCUUCUCACCGUCGUGAUAAAUUUGGUCAUAUGGGAUAAGCAUUCAACCUUGAUCGGUACAAUCGGCCUACUAAUCUGCAUGUUUGGAGGCGUUCUAUACCAACGCUCAACCACCAGGCCCCAGAAACCAGAAGCUGAGACCGAGACUGAAAACAAAGAUGAGGAGCAGCAGGAAUUGUUGGAGAUGAAGGCAACUGAAGAGACUGACAAAGUUGAACAUGCAACAACAGCAAGCUCAAAAUUGUCUAUUUUUGUUACGCAGAGGAUAGGAAUCACGAACGAUCUGUUGCACGCGCCGGGAGGGACAAAGAGAGAUUUUCCUCCAGAAAAUUUGCAGGAAACUCAGGUCGAAUAUUAGAAUCUGAACAAUAUCCAAGAUGAGCUAUUGCUCUUGUAUAUCUUCCCCUUUAUUAGCUGUCUAUACUUCAGUAAAUGAACGACAGACAUGGAGAAAGACCUCACUCCAAUUACUUGAGUUUGGCUAAUGUUCAGUUAAAUUCGAGAUAAUGAUGUUUAGAUAA